AUGAAACUCCCUCCAAAAGCCGUGAUGGCAACAUGGCCUACUCCAAACUAUGUCGACCCUCCCACCCGGGGUGGUGGCGUUCUCAUCGUCAACCUCAUCUGCAUUUCCCUGGCCUUUGUAGUGGUUAGCCUCCGUCUCUACACUCGGCUGCGGAUUACCUGUAGCGCCGGCGUCGACGAUAUCCUGAUUACCAUCGGGCUGGUGUUCGCCAUUGGAAUGGUGGCCGUGACAUCGCUCGCCACCGAGCAAUGGGCAUGGAACCGACAUAUCUGGGACAUUCCACUGCCAUGGCUCUCGACUGUGCAAAAGUUCAACCUCGCCUUCCAGAUCUUGUUCUCUCUCUCAUCAUCCUUCACCAAAAUCUCGCUGCUGUGGUUCUGUCGACGACUCCUGGGCGCCGGGAAGGGCAAGUAUGUGUUGUUCAAUUGGGCGUUUAUCGGGUCGAUGGUUUUCGUUGGCCUGUCCUGCACGCUGUUUACGAUUAUUAGCAUUUUCCAGUGCUCCCCAAUCAAAGCAUACUGGGAAAUGAACCCCCAAGAGCCGCACCACUGCAUGAACGACGGCUCCAUCGUCUUCUCGGCCAGUGUGAUCAACAUCUUCACCGACUUCCUCGUCACAGCCCUCCCAAUGCCCCUGAUCUGGAGCCUGAAUCUACCCGCGCGUCAACGACUUGCCGUGAUGUCCAUAUUUGGACUCGGCAUCGUCGUCAACGUGGCAGGCUCAGCCCGAACCGUGUACGUGUGGAAGAGCAUGGUCGCCGGGUAUGACACGACAUGGCUGGGGUGGCCAGUAUUGAUCGCAGCAGCAUUAGAGAUCAACCUAGGCCUGAUCUGUUCUUCUGCUCCCGCUCUACGCCCCCUAAUCGCUGCCUUCCUGCCCCGCCUCCUCCAAUCCACCCGCAACAUCAGCUACCGCUACGCGCAGCGAAGCCCCUCCCAGAAGCUCUGGUCUUCAACAGGCCGCUCGCGGGGCUCGCAUAUGGUCUCGAACGAGCGCCAGCCAGGCUACGACAGUGAUCGUUUCGAGAUCAUGCGCACUGUCGAGAUGGAAAGCUGGACUGAAUCGCGCGCUUUCAACCAUAACCAGAUGGGCCAUGCCUAUGAUAUUUCGUCGGAGGAUCCGCGCGGUCUUACUCCUGACGGUGGGGGCGAGAUGAAGAAUGGCGGUAUGAUGUAUACAUCGGCUGCUAGUGAUAAGUCGUCUGGGUCCGGGAGUCGAGACACGGACUGGCCGUUUGCGGAUCAUCAGGCACAGUGA